CACUUGGGGAAGUAAUGGUUGCACUUAUAAGGGUGACCUCUUCUUGCCCCGCUUGGAUGAAGACUUCUGCCGGUCUGGAUGUCCUCUUCUGCCCCAUUGGAUGAAGACUUCGGCCCGGCUGGGUGAACACGACUCAAGUUCCUGUACUGAGAGUCUUGAAGAUUGUCAUCCUCCACAAGGAAAGAAGUGAGAGAUUUGAUGCAGAAGAUAAUUUUAUGUGUGCUCUUCCUGUGCUGCAAAGCAAUUCCUUGCAAAGCGUGUGAGUUGUCUAACAUGACAAUAGUGUUGGAGAAGACGGAAUGCGGAGUCUGUAUUUCUGUGAAUGCAACGUGGUGCUCGGGAUACUGUUUUACCAAGGAUCCUUCUUUAAAGCAUCCACUUGUCCCAAAGGCCCAGAAUAUUUGCACCUACAAAGAGAUUAUUUAUGAAACAGUCAAGAUUCAAGGCUGUGCUGAUAAUGUGGACCCUUUUGUCACAUAUCCUGUGGCAACAGACUGUCAUUGUGCUCAGUGUGACAUGGAUACAACUGACUGCACAGUGAGGGGUUUAGGGCCAACAUACUGCUCUGCCAACCAAGAAAAUGAGCAAAUUCUGCAAAGCCCAGAAUAAGAAGUUCUUCCCAUUGAGGAACCAUUUGUUUGUAUUAACUUUCCAUAUAAAGAGGUUUGCUUCCUUAGUUUUGCCACAAGGGAAAUUUGGUGACUGCCAUGGUAUUUCUGCCAGGAUAUUGCAGUGGUCAUAGUAUUGUAAUGUUCAUAAUGUGGCCCCAGUAAGGUCUUCUAAGCUUUAAUUUUGCAAAUGAUGUUGAAGCCAGAGGUGAAAACUCCAAUUACUCCUUGGGUGGCAGCAGGGUCGGCACCAAGGGAGGGCAUUAGGGGGCAAUGCCCACCCAAAUGGAAUGCUGUGCCCCCCAGGGCAACCGCCUAAUUGGAGAGCAGUGAUUUUUUUUUUUUUACAUUUUAAAAGUGACAGAACUUCCAGGGUCCCAAAGGUCGCAUAAAUCAUUUGCGGCCACCGGACCCUGGAGCUCCGCCACUUAGGAGGGCCCAGAAGCACCAUUUCCUUUCCCUCUAAGGUGCCAGCAGUCAGUGCCAGUAUAUACUCCUUCUCCACCCUAAAGCGUGCACGCGUGGCGCUCUGUCACCCACCAGCACUCAUGGCCUGAUCCCUUUUCCAUCCCAGCCGUCCGGCUUUCACUGUCUGUCUGUUACACAGAGCAGGCAGACAUUGUGUGUACAGUACAGUGAGUCCGGUUAUUGGGGGCUUCAACUUGCUUCAAGAUAGCAUGUGUCACCCCCCUCUGGCGCUUCUCAAUUUUUCCUUUGCGGCUAUGAAACUGUAAGUACUAGUACCCAGGUUGUUAUAUUUAAAUAUAUAGGGAACUGAAAAAUUUAGCCUCUACACUGCCAGAGAUAUGUCAAAUGUAACCCUGCACUGCCAGAAAUUUCACAAAUGUAGCUGCAUUCACUGCUAGAGAUUUGAUUAAUUUAACCCCGCACUGCCAGAGAGAGAUCUGAUAAAUAUAACCCGUGCACCGCCAGAGAACUGAUAAAUGUAACUCCUGAACAGCCAGUCAUCUAACAAAUGUAACUCCUGCAAUUCCUGAGAUAUGACAAAUGUAACCCCUGCACUGCCAUAAAUCUGGUAAAUAUAACUGCUGUGGCACUGCCAGACAUCUUAUAAAUGUAACCCCUAUACUCCUUGAGAUAUGACAAAUGUAACCCCUGCACUUCCAGAAAUAUAAACAAAUCUAACUCCUGCACAGCCAGAGAUCUGAUAAAUGUAACCCCUGGACUGCCUCAGUAGGUCUGCUCUUAUUUUGACUCUCAUACUUGCUUUGUAAAUGCGUGCCCCCUCGUGAAAAAAAUGCCCCCCCAUUUAAUUUGUUCUGGAGCCGACCCUGGGUGGCAGAGGGAUUUAAUGCACUAAACCCCUUUCUAGCAUUCAAAGGUUUAACCCAUACCUUAGCCAUAACCUUCACCCUAUCUGUAUCCCUUACCCUAGCCAUAACUUUGGCACAAUAAAUAUUUUUUCCCCUCAUGCACUAUAACCGCUAAAAGUAAACUUUUAACACUGGCUAGCGUAAAUAUUACAAGUUGAAAGUAAUAAGUUAGCGCAAAAGUGAAUCCAGAAACCUGAGGACCUUGGAUUUGGCGAUCACGUUAACUUCUUCUCCCCAUAAACUUCAAUGGAGCACACUUUUUAAAAGAAAACUAAAAUGUAUCGCUUGCGUGCUAACCUGAAAUUUUGUUAGACCUACAGCACUAAACCCAAAUGGAGUUAUGAAUAUUUCACAUUCCAAGGU